AUGCCACGCCCCCCGCGCCGCGUAUGGUUCGUGCGCGACCUGCUGGGCGUGGCGUGCGCGGUGAGCACGUGGGUGCUGGUGCUAGGUGCCGCGCGGAUCCUGCUGCAGGAGCUGCUGCUGCCGUCUGCCGACGUGGCCUAUUGCGUGGCCAACGGCGCCUUCUUCCACCUGCUGGCCACUCUGGGGCUGGUGUCGCACGUGCGGACCAUGCUGACCGACCCCGGGUCGGUGGUCCCGGGGGACCCGCCCCUGCCCGACGCCUUGUCCAUUUGUCCAUGCUGCAGCUGCGUCCGUCCGGAGAGCACGCACCACUGCCGCGUGUGCAGGCGCUGCAUCCGCAAGAUGGACCACCACUGCCCGUGGGUCAACAACUGCGUGGACGAGGACAACCAGAAGUCCUUCGUGCUCUUCACGAUGUACAUCACGCUGGCAUCGCUGCACCUGCUGCUGCUCCUGGGCCUCGUCGUCCUGCGCAGCCACGAGCGCGGAGAGUGGAUGGCACACACCGUGUCGCCGAGCGGCCCCAUCAUCUUCCUCUUCCUAGUGGCCUUGAACGGCCUCCUCUUCGCCUCCCUGAUGUUCGGGACACAAAUGUUCGCCAUCUGCGUGGGAAGGACCAGAAUGGAGCAGCUGAGAGCCAAGAAGAGGCCGUGGGGCAAAGGGUCCAAGUGGGCCAAUUUCAAGGUCAUCUUCGGCCACCGUGUUUCCCUGGACUGGCUCAGCCCCUUUGCCUCCCCAGAGCCGCGGAGGGCUGUUGGGCACGACGAUGUGGUCUGA